AUGGGUGACACGGAUUUGAAAGCCUUGAAUUACUUCACCUGCACGCUGGGCGAAUCUGCAGAAUGGAAAGGCCAACAGCCAAAAGGUGCCAAGACAGCUUAUCAUACUGUUCUCCAGCUCGUAGACAACAAGGCGCAGGAGACACCCGACGACCCUGCCAUUGGGUUUGCAGAUUUCACUGCUCAUCAGCAUGAUGAUGGCUUGCCCUUUCUUACAUUCGGUGCCCUGAACAGCCGGUCCAGGGAUGCCGCCAGAAUUCUGUCCAGAGAAUUGCACGGAGCUAUCAAAAACGAGUCACCUGCGAUGAUCGGGUUGCUAUGCAGCAGCAGCCUCGACUUUGUACUGACAUGGCUGGGCCUGAUGCGCUUGGGUCAUACAGCCUUGCUCCUUGCACCACAGCUUGAGGCUCCAGCAAUUAAACAUCUAUGCGAGGGUGAAGCGGCAAUGACAAUACUCAUAGACAAGACGCAUGAAAAAUGGACAACGCAACCCAUUGAGGGCAUCACCUUUCAGCACAUCCCAGACUACCAGUGCGCAGAUGCCAAAGCAACCAUAUCCCCAAAUCAGCAUGUUCCGAAAAGCUCAGACGUUGCGUAUCUGAGACAUACCUCGGGCACAUCAUCAGGUCUACCCAAGCCCAUAGUUCAAACCCAUUGGGGAGCCGUCGGCGUGCUGCCACGCUUGACGGGCCAUGAGCACAGCGCCACCUUUACCACGACGCCCCUUUACCACGGCGGCCUGGCCGAUUGUUUUCGUGCAUGGACGGGCGGUGCCAUGAUAUGGUUCUUCCCCGAGGGGAAAGUGCCCGUCACCGAAACUAAUGUCAGAAAGGCAAUUGAGUUCUCAAGGAAAAAUAGCCCAUCUAGCGUGUGCGUGGAGUAUUUUACCAGCGUGCCGUAUGUCCUGCAGGGCCUCGCCAGCGAUCGCGAGGGCCUGCGGCUACUCCAGGGAAUGAGUCUGGUAGGCGUCGGAGGAGCUGCGCUCGCAGCCACCGUGGGCGAUGAACUCGUGCGGCAAGGUGUGAAGCUUGUCUCGCGGAUGGGCAGCGCCGAAUGCGGGUUCCUCAUGUCGUCGCACCGCGACUACGAUAGCGACAAGGAGUGGCAGUACCUGCGACCCGUGACGAACGAUGAAUUUAUCUCUUUCGAGCCCCGAGACGGCGGCUUGUUUGAGCUCGUGGCCAAGCCUGGUUGGCCUUUGAGAACGAAGCAGAAUCGUCAGGACGGGUCGUACGCAACUUCUGAUUUAUUCCAACCGCACGAUGCUAUAUCGAAUGCGUGGCGGUAUCAUAGCAGAUCCGAUGCGCAAAUCACUUUAGCCAACGGCAAAAAGUUCGACCCAGCUCCGCUCGAAGGAGACAUUCUGGGUGGAGCUGAUCUGCUCGAAGACAUCUUCGUGUUUGGCACGGGACGAGAAUUUCCAGGCGCACUCUUAUUUCCCAGGUCGGAAAAUCUGUCCAAAGCCAAAGUCAUAGAGGGUGUGUGGCCUUCUAUAGAGCGCAUCAACAGUGCUUCGCAAAGCCACUCUCGUCUCACCAAAACAGCCUUGGUGGUGGUGUCCAAGAAGGGCGGCCAAGAAAAUCUAGAAAAGAGCAGCAAAGGAACCGUCAUGAGACGUCAAGCGGAAGAAAAAUAUGCAGAGCUGAUUGAGUCUGUCUACGGAGCUGGGAAGGAUCAGCACUUUCACCAUGAGACUCUGAAUACAGCACAGCUUCAGGAGAUGAUCGUGGGGAAGUUCUCACAAAUUAUCGACCGAGUCAUUGAUCCUGAUGAUGACAUUUUCAGGCAAGGAGUCGACUCGAUUGCUUGUAUUCAAAUACGCAAGCUGGUGGAGACCAGUCUUGUACCGCCUGGAUCGUGCCCAUUGCCACUCAAUGUCAUCUAUGAGCAGCAGACAGUCCGGAACUUGGCGUUAUAUAUUCAGACUGUGCGGCAAGGUAACGAAAAGGGCAAUUGCCUUGAGAAUACAGCUAUCGAGAGUUCCGAGAUGAAGCAGAUGGCCACAUUGACUAAAGUGUACAGAGACUUUGAUCCUGCAACAGUAUCUCAGGUCAAAUCAAGGGAAGGGAAUCGUCGCGGCAUCAUUCUGACAGGCGCAACCGGGGCACUUGGGGCUCAUCUCUUACACUGUUUGCGAGAAUCUCCUGAGAUGCGCAAAAUAUAUUGUCUUGUUCGUGCGCAAACAGCGAACGCAGCCCAUGAACGAGUGUCCCAAAGUCUACGAGCGCGUGGACUCUGUGAGCUGGAACAAUUCGCAUCGCACCCAUCCCUCGAGCAAAAGGUAGUCUGUCUACCAUGUGACAUUUUCAAUGCACAUCUAGGACUCUCGGAAGAGAUGAGAGGCCGCAUCAGCCAGGAUUGUUCCAUCUUUGUCCAUGCGGCUUGGACAGUGAAUUUCAGCCUUCGACUAGGCUCAUUCGAGGACCACAUCCGCGGACUGCAUCAUAUGAUUCGAUUUGCAAUUUCCAUUGGAUCGAAUCUUGUCUUUGUGAGCUCCACGGCUUCAGUGAGCAGGUCGUCGGAGCAGCGCAUACUCGAGUCGAUCCCAUCGAACCCAUCCGACGCCGCUCCGUUGGGUUAUUCUAGGUCAAAGUGGGUAGCGGAGCAGGUCUGUUCAGCAGCGAAUCAUCACUGCGUCAGCAAGGCGGCAGAAGAAGAUUUUGUCCAUGGACAUCCUCAAGUGUCCGUUGUCCGUGUUGGUCAGCUGUGCGGAAAUGCAGCUGGUGUUUGGAAUGCCAGCGAAGCAUACCCGCUAAUGCUCUCGACGGCAAAGAUCACCGGCUGCCUGCCCGACUUGCAGGACGAGAGUUUGAACUGGCUGCCCGUUGACCAGGCGGCACAAGCUCUUUUGGAAAUCAUCAUACAUGACACUGAUGGUCGUCGUCGUACUGCUCCGGAGCCCGGUGGUGCAAGUCCGGUGUACCAUGUUUUGAACCCGCACCGGCAACCUGCAUGGCGCGACAUGCUGGAAUGGGUUCAAGACGAUAAAGGGAGCCGGUCCACUUCUUUUGAAAUAGUGUCACCCCGCGAGUGGAUCAGCCGCCUGGAGAAGGCCCUGGAUGUUGGCGGCGGCGACGGGCAUCUGCACCCCGCGCAGAAAUUAGUGGGAUUCUGGCAGCAGAAAUAUCGCGACGAACCAAUCGUAAAUGGCACCACCCACAAGCCUCGGGUUUUUGAUACAAAAAAUAGUUGUCGCGUGUCAAAGACCAUGGCGCAAGUUCAUCCGCUUUCACAAGCGCAGGUAUUGAAAAUGUGGGAUUGGAUAUGCAGUCAUGUUGCAUGA